AUGCGAUUUUUGACACUUAUCCCCAUCUUUCUGGUCUUUCUAGGCAUUUUGAAGUUUGUGGAAAUCACAGUUAACCUGCUGGUGCUGAUCUGCGUGGGCGCUGCCCAAGCCUCUGUUGCAGGCUUCACGUCCCUCGGCGGCCUGGGCACCGGAUCCUUCAACCUGAAUUCAGCCUACAGCCCCUUUGAGGGCACGGAGCUGCGGGAGGUGAGGGAGCUUGACAUGCAGUUCACCCAGAUGAGAGCCCCUGGUGUGUAUGGCGGAGUAGCCUUCAGCCUCACAGCAGCAGCACUGACCCUGGUCUUCCUUGUCGUGGGGGCAAAACCCAUCCAGCAGCUCCGGAUGGGGCUGCUGGCGGGCGAAUGUGCCUUCAGCCUGCUGGCAGGUGCAGCCUACGUGGUGGCAGUCGGCCUCUACCUGCAUCUUGUCAGCCAGGUGAACUCCACAGAGGUGUGCAAGAGGCGCGAGAGGCUCUACGCACGCCGUGGUUACACCUCCAUGAACUGUGUGGUCCAGGGUGGCGACGCGGCCGUCGCUCUUUUUGGUGUCGCUGCUGCCUGUUUGUACUUGGCCAGCUCUGUGGUCUGCAUCCGUGCUAUCCGAACCGUCCGGGCCUUCCAGAGCCACCAGGCAGCCAAGGCUCAGCACAGCCCCAAGAGCAGCAGUAAAGACAGAAGGGUCAGAAACCACCGUGAUGUCCACAGGACCUCUGAAAGCUCCCAUAACGGCCAGGCUCUUGCCACUUUAGUGUGA